CCCUAGCUAUAUUAAAAAAGUAUUAUAUUGGGCGACUUACGUCGUUGUUUACUGUCGUAGUGUCGUCUAACCUCAAGAAAGAAAUCUGAUGGCUUCUCUUCUCUGAAAUCACGACUUCCACAGACCACUCACCACUGUUGUAACUUAACUUAGGAAAUGGUUUUCCUAGGUUGGAAUCGCCCAUCCCUGAAAGAUCAAAAAGCUUGCUUAGAGAAGGCUGGUUCUUUCAACUAUGAUAGUAAAUAUAAAGGAGCUACUGCUAGACCAGUGUCUUCUCUUCAGAAAGACAAACAGUUAUCAGAAGAGGGUUUUUUACUUAAUCAUGCUCGUGUUCAAAUUGGUUCUGGUCAAGAGAUAUAUGAGAAAGGAAAGAAUGCACUUCAGAAUUGGAGGCAUUUCCAAAUGAAUUGGACGUUCGUUGAAUCUACUACUCCAAUCAAAAGUGGGGUAAAAUUUUGUGUUUGUGUCAAGGAGUUCCUGCCAUGGUUGAUGAUGCCCCUUCAGGUGGUGUAUGUGAAUGAAAGCAAGAGAUCUGGGAAAACGAAAGCCUCUUUCAGCUUCGGUAGUGGCACCCUUCAAGCUCAUCUAUUGGCUGGGGAAGAACGCUUUUCGGUAGAGUUGGAUGAUAACAAUCAAGUGUGGUAUGAAAUACUGUCCUUUUCAAAGCCAGCACAUUUUCUGUCCUUCAUGGGUUAUCCUUAUGUACAGCUUAGACAGAAGUACUUUGCGAAGAAGUCUACAGAUGCUGUAUUAAAACAUAUAUCCACUGACUGAAACUAGAUGCAAAUUGUUCAAAAUCGAGACACCUGUUAAUUGGACGGAUGCUCUUAGUUGAUUUUUCUCUCUUUUCCAUUCUAUUUAGUUAUUUGCAAUGCUUAGCUUGAUGCUAUAUUGGAGCAAAAUCAUGAUAUAUACCAGCCAUUUGGUGAAUA